UGGAAGGAGGCGCCGCUCAAGGCCGAGGCGGGCCUGCCGCUGCCGCCAUUGGCGGCUCGGCCGUGCCACUCAGCGCCGUCGGGGCGUGGGCGGCAGCGGAGCUGGGCCGGGGGGAGCCGCGAGGCCGGGAGCGGGGUAGGCUGCGCUCGUACUUAAGCGGGCUGCCCGAGCCGCUAACGUCUUUCGAAUUGGAGACGGGCUGCCCCCUCCCGCCCCGGGCUCCCGCGGACACGGCCGGCGACGGAGGUGAGUGCCGCCGCCGGCGACCCGCGCUGACUUACCGCGCCUGCUGCUGGUCGCCGCGGGAGGCCAAAAUACAAGUGUCUGUGUAGAAUGUCCAAGCAUGCACAACAGCUUAGACACCAUGAUAUAAAUCCAUGUGUAGCGGAAACAGAAGCCUCUAGAAAAUGCAUGGAUGACAACAACUACAACAAGGAUAUGUGUACUGCUUAUUUUUUGAAGUACAAAAGCUGCAGAAAAUACUGGCAUGGCAUUAUGAUGCAAAGGAGAAGAAAUGGUGUGAAACCAGAGAUGCCCUCAGCAGAAGAGAGAAAGAAAAUGUUGGAAUCAAUGGGGAAGCCCUACUGACUGAAACUUGAAUUAAUUGACCGUUUUCACUGUAUGUAGGAAGAUUGAUGAGCAGCAAGAUGUCUUUUUAUGGACUGGAUGUAACAGUUGCCGUAUCUUGGAUUAAAAUGAGCUUUUAAAUUUUUA